CAACUAUUCUGACAGCAGCUUUUCCUCUUCAACACCGUCUGAAGUGAACGACGAAAAAUUACCAUUCAAUUGAUUCUGGAGUGUUACAAAACUCGUAUUAUCAUCAGAACUGUAAAUUUCAAACAAUAACAACAUGAUGGAACCUUAGAUUGGGGAGUCACUUAUGUGUAAGAGAAAACUACAGUCUACUGCAAGUAACCAGUAGGAGCGAAAAUUUCCUUUCAGCCGGAUAGUGUAUGCGCGUGUGUGUUGGAGAAAUUUAUUGUCAAAAUCGAACAGAAAGUGUUUUCUUCUUCUGCCUGUUUGUCCUUUAUUAUUAGCUCAUUUCGUUGCGAUUCUACUUUUACUUUCGUGAAAACUUGCUCUAUUGAUUUUACUUAAACCAAGCACCAUGGAAGCGCUGGUAGAGAAUUCAGCCAACAAGCCAUCCCGCUUCUAUUGUCACUCCUGCUCGGUGGAAAUCGAUCGAGUAUCAUCGGAUUUUACCUGUCCACAUUGUUCUGAGGGUUUCAUUGAGGAGCUACCAGCUGCUGAUCGAAGUAAUAAUCCUCCGUCUCCACCACCCGCGCCAGCUGAUCCUGGUCCAAAUCAAAAUGACUUCAUCAAUCCACAGGCGAUAAGAUUGGCUAGCGAAAUUUUUAGCAACAGCAUUCUUUCGCCAUUGCUUCUGUCGACAAGUGUCCCGCGUGGUCCAGAUUCGGAAGGUGUUGUGACGCUUGGUGAUGAGGGAAGUGAUUCGGGAGCAACGGGUACGUCAAGCGGGGGAGGGCUAACAGCGAUGAGGGUUCUCGGAAGACACCGCAACAGACGCCGUGGUAUGCAAAAUAUCAACAAUCUGGAUAACAUACUUCGGGAAAUAUUGCUUUCGGUGGCAGACGGAGCCAAUGGAGGAGCUGGCGGAACACCGCUGAUUUUCAUGGGUAAUCCGGGCGACUACGCGUGGGGAAGGGAAGGAUUGGACACUAUUGUGACACAGUUGCUCAAUCAGAUGGACAAUACAGGCCCGCCACCACUCGAGAAGGAUAAAAUUGCGGAAAUUCCUAAAGUGACUAUUAGUUUAGAACAGGUCGACAUGAAAUUGCAAUGUUCGGUAUGCUGGGAGGAUUUCCAAAUUGAUGAGGUCGUUCGGAAGCUUUCGUGUGCCCAUGUCUAUCACGAAUCCUGUAUCAUUCCUUGGUUAGAACUGCAUGGAACAUGCCCUAUCUGUAGGAAGAGUCUGGCACCGGAACAUCAAUCGGAUGAACAUCGAGGGCUAGCUGCGGCGGCAAAUGCUGUCGCCAAUACAUUGAGAUCUCUUCAUUCGGAUGCGUUUCCCAGCGUAGCCAGCCAGUCGUCCUCUUCGUCCAUGGACGAGGGAGGUCCGUCAACGUCUAGUCUACUACUUGACCUCGGGCAACCGAUUACUUCAUUCAACACCGGUGUCGGGGAACUGAACUCGCCUCAAUCGAGAGCACCCGGUUCAAGUUUGAUGAACUCUAAUGCGCAACAUCAGUCAAGUUCAAGCCUAGCGCGUGGAGGAAAUCCAUCUUCCACCUCCUCACCGAAUAGCACAGCCACCGCUCGUGGCGAUGACAGCAGUAGUGGUAGCGGUGCUGGUGGUUCAAGUGGAACCAGUAGGUACCGUGACGACGAUGGUAACAUUGAUUAUGAAUUUGAUUAAUGCUCCACUAUUCGGAAGCAGCAUCGUAUGAACGUGACGUGUUUAACCAAAAAGAACUUGGAACUUGAUUUCUCCAGCGGCAUACAUUUGCAAGGUUUUUUUUCAGCCUAAAUGCUAUCGAAGCGACAUGCCCUUUUUGUAUUCUCCCCUCAAACGAAGCACUAAACAUGUACGUCCACUAGGCGCGGCGGAAUGAAGACCGUUUUUAUAAUAGUUAUUUUGUAUCAGUGGAAUAGAACAGAACGUGCAGAAGUAAUCUACAAACACACACCGUAACGCAAUUCACGAUUACACGUUUAGUGUUAUGAUACUUACAUACGUUAGAGCUGGUUCGAAUGAUAACAGAACGCACCCUUUUCUCAAGUAAUAGAGCAACAAAAUGUCUCCAAUUUGUUUAUUGCACCCUUUUAGAGAUUGAAUAAAGCAGAGAAGAAAUCUGGAACAGAAGGAUUUUGGUUUUCAAAAUUGUGUUACAGUGGAGGACUUCGAUAAUAUUUAUUAGGAGAAUGGGUGGAACUAAAAUACGCAAAAAUAACGUGACACAUCGGCAAACACCGCACGAGUUUGAACGUAAACGAGAAUGGAGAAGAAAAAAACACUACAAAGUAAGCUAUUUAAACAUGAAAUGAUGAUUAUUAUGAUAAAAACUAAUGCAGCAAAGCAAAGCAGAACUAUUAGAUUCCAGUCGAUUACUGUUACACAUUGAAAAGACGAACAGACGAAGUAAUCCUUAUUUCGAGAGUGCGAAGCUAGUUCUAAAAGAAAUAGUCAUGUUGGUUAUUACGAUAAAACAAGCGAAUGUAAAAUAAACUGACACAAGCUCUAAGCUAUGAACCUACUAA